UAAUGCAAUAUUUUGUUUAGUCUUCAACCUAUGUGAACUCCUUACUGCCAAGAAAAUUCCAUUUCGCUUGUCCUAGCCUUCUUUCUUCUUCAAAUGCCUAUUUCUUGAGUCAUCCGAAACCUUUGCUGGUGCUCGGUCAUGCCUUUUAAUAAGUGUUCUAGCUAGAAAGUAUCAAAUUUCAUGUAGUUUUUCCUUUUGACACUUUGAGUAAGCACAAUGGGUAGCAGGAGUGUUCUUGGGGCUGUUUUGUUGGCGAGUUUUCUCUGGUUUAUGUUUAUUGGGAUUUUGGCGCACCAGAACAAUAGGACUGUUGUUACAAUUUCAUCAUCCCAAAGUUUCAAAAAUUUGAAGCCCAUAGAAAGCAGAAAGCGCGAUCAUCUCCACAAUUCCGACCUCAAUUUUGUUAGCAAGAGAAGAGUGCCUACUGGACCUGAUCCAAUUCACAACAGGGGAGCAGGGAAUUCCUGAUUAGCUACUGGAGCUUAAGCACAACGCCACAACCGAUGAAGAAGUUACAGGGGUGAUUACUGAUCAAACAUUCGUCUAUAUUGUGAAGAGAAAUCACUUUGCUGAUCACUCUCUUAUGGAUUGAGAAUCUGAGAACUUUUGGAUUGGAUCGAUGCUGUGUUCUUGUAAAACAGUAAAGUAAAUAGUGAAUAUUUGGUGAAAUUUGUUGAUGAAAUUUUUACUUAUUGUCCUCAUUUUGAAGAAAUCUAAGUAUUCAGGCCUUGCUUGGUAGUAAUUUGCAUGGAAUUUUAAGGUUUGUUUGCAUAGAAAAUUGGAAAUACACAAAUGGAGGGAACAUUUUGUGUUA